AUGGUUGACCGUUUAGUGAAUAGUGAGGCUAAUGCUAGAAGAAUUGCUAUGGUGGAAAACUGCUUCGGCAGUUCAGGACAGCCUUUAGCAGAACAAGGUCGGGUCCUUGUUGGAGAAGGUGUUCUAACAAAAAUGUGCAGGAAGAAACCAAAAGCCCGUCAAUUUUUCCUUUUUAAUGAUAUACUAGUAUAUGGAAACAUUGUUAUAAAUAAGAAAAAGUAUAACAAACAACAUGUGAUACCACUUGAAGAAGUUAAAUUGGAAUCAUUAAAAGAUGAGGGGCAAUACCGUAAUGGUUGGCUUAUUCGCACUGCGUCUAAAUCAUUUGCUGUAUAUGCUGCCACUGCUACAGAGAAAGAGGAAUGGAUGGCCCAUAUAGAGAAAUGUAUAGAAGAUUUGUUAAGGAAAAGUGGUAAACAGCCCCCGUUAGAGCAUGCGGCAGUGUGGGUGCCUGACAAUGAGGCCGCCAUAUGCAUGCAUUGCAAGAAGACACAAUUCACUGUACUCAACAGGAGACACCAUUGCCGUAAGUGCGGUUCGGUCGUGUGCGGGCCGUGCUCGUCCAAGCGCUACGUGCUGCGCGGGCAGAGCGACAAGCCGCUGCGCGUCUGUCUGCAGUGCUACGACGAGCUCACCCGCGACCGCGCGCGCCCCGCGCAGUCGCCGCCCGCGAAAGCGUCAGAUAACGUGGGCGCGGGCUCCGGCGGCGACUCGUCGGGCGACGAUGACAGCGAUGACGACGACGAGCGCAUCUCCGACCAGAAACACGACGAGCCUAAGUUCUACAGUGACAGCGAAAAGACUGAAGAUACCAAUAACCAUUCGUCCAAGGAGAGUAAA